AUGGAGACGCUUGGACGUGUUUGGAACCGUUUAUCCAUCAGGCGGCCUACAAUAGCCACACCUGAACCUGUAGAAGAGGAGGAUGAUAUGACGCCAGAAAAGACUCGAGAAGUCUUUCAAAUGUUCAAUGGGACACCAACAAGAAGGAAAAGUGAAUCAGCUCACCACCAUAGAGUGGUCCUCAACCAACUUCAAAAUCAUCCUCCAAGAAACGCAACUCAAAGUCCACAAAGACAACCAAGACUGUCUGAAAGUUCAGCAGACGUCCCUGCAAGUGCUAUCAGACGCAACUCAACGGAGACCCACGUAUUUGGAAAUCGAGCUCACAUUCAUCGAGAUAUAAAUGUGCCAGCGUGUUCCAACGAAGACGAACGCAUAAAUACCGCCAGAAGAAAUAGUCUAUUUGUGAAACGAGGAUCCGUCACAAUGGAGCCAAUCAAAAAAGUUGAUCUUGAAGAAGUCUACACAGUGAAUAAACAGCUGGGAACCGGCCGAUUCGGAUUCAUCAAACUUGCAGAGCACAAACAAUCGAAGCAAAGAAUCGCAAUCAAAUUUUUCCCAAGACCUCAAACAAAGCAGGCUGACUUUGUCCGCGAGUACAAUUAUUCAUUUUUCUUGUCUCCACACCAGAAUAUAAUUGAUACAUAUGAGGGAAUGUUCCAGUCUUCAGAUGACACUGCAUUCUUUUUUGUUCAAGAAUUCUGUCCAAGAGCAUCAUUAAGAGAGGCAGUUGAGGCAACAAACCAAGCAGGAAUUGGAGAAGUGAAUACAAAAAAAGUGUUUGCCGCAGUGCUAUCAGCGAUCGAGUUUAUGCAUGAUGAGAACUUGGUGCAUCGGAAUCUUAAAGCAGAGAACAUUCUUAUUUUCGACGCAAACGACUAUUCAAAGGUAAAGGUCACCGAUUUCGGACUGACUCGCAAAGUUGACACCACUGUCAAAUAUUUGGAAUACGUCAACAAUUAUCAUGCCGCCGAACUUUGCGAUACAGUUGUGAACGAGAAGUUGGUGGUGAACAAGAGCACUGAUAUUUGGGCACUUGGUAUCAUUUUCUUCUACUGCAUGAAAGGGAAAUUCCCAUGGCAAAAAGCGUCAAUUAUGUGCAAACCAUAUUGGGAGUGGGAACAAUGGCUAAAGAGGAAAAAUCCAGCAUUGCCAAAGAAGUUCAAUCCGUUCUCAGAGAAAGCAUUGAAACUUUUCAAGAAAUCCCUCACUCCAAGGUUCAAAGAUCGAUGGACUGCAAAAGACAUGCGAAAGUGUCUAGCUAAAGAGAAACUCCUCAAAUCAGUCAAGAGACCAGAUGAAGAUUACUAUGUAAUGAUUGACACUGCAUCCAAAUCCCGUCCAUCCGCUGCAUCCACUUCUGGUGAGAAUCAAGAAGCUGGUGCUCCACCGGCAGAGCGGAAGCAAAAGUCAACGCUCCAACAAUGGAUUAGUACAACCUUAACUGCCAUGGCAGAAAUCAGCGAGCAAGUGGUGUCAGCUAGAGACGACUAG